AUAAAGAAGCUCUUCGUGUAAUCGCGUUCUUCAGAGGCGCACCAUAUUAACCCAAGCCGCAGCACAACACGCUGGCUGCUGAUUAAAGACGCUGUGCCUCGCCAUCCUCUCGCUCACACGCGUCGUUUGUCUGCCUGCCGCCAGAUGGCGCCCGUGCUCAAAGUGUAACGUGAUGCGCCGCCGCCGUCGCCGCAGCCGUGUGAAGCCCCCCUCCCUCCAGGCAGAGAGGGAGCUGCAUGAGGUGCCGCUGUCCCAUGCCGAGCCCUUAGAGCGCACGCAGACUCGGCGAGUUGGUGGAUCUCCUUUUCGGCGACUUCGCCCACCUCGAGGAUCUGUCCUGUCACUUCGGCUGCUUUUGAACUUUUGUCACUUUGGGUUUUCUUACUUCUGCUACCGCUUUUGGCAGCGUGGAUUGCACACGGGGGAAUGUAUCGUCAUAGGAUGCCGUGCAGAAAAGCUCGAGUCCUCCUGCGGCUGUGCGCUGCGCUGGUCUCGGCGCGCCUGGUCCACUCCUACAAUCUGGACCUGGAGCAGCCCACCAUCUUCCACGGUCCUGAGGGGAGCUUCUUUGGCUACUCCGUCCUGGAGCACUACCACGACAACACCCGCUGGAUCAUUGUGGGUGCCCCCAAAGCAAACUCCACUUACAGCACUUCUGUCCGGUCCCCUGGCGCUGUGUUCAAGUGUCGAGUGCACAGCAAUCCCGAAAGGCGCUGUACCGAGAUGGACAUGGCCAGAGGUAAUGACAGGACACCAACAUGUGGAAAGACGUGCCGGGGAAACAGGGAUGAUGAGUGGAUGGGAGUGAGCUUGGCUCGGCAGAACAAGGCUAAUGGCGGAGUGCUGGCCUGCGCCCACCGGUGGAAGAAUGUUUACUACGAAUCGGACCACAUCUUACCCCACGGCUUCUGUGCCAUCAUCCCCAGCAACCUGCAAGCCAAGAGCAAGAGCCUCAUUCCCUGCUAUGAAGAGUACAAGAAGAAGUAUGGAGAGGAGCAUGGUUCAUGUCAGGCUGGCAUUGCAGGCUUCUUUACUGAGGAGCUGGUAGUAAUGGGUGCCCCAGGUUCAUACUACUGGACUGGCACAGUUAAAGUGGUCAACCUUACUGAUAAUGCCUCUUACAAACUGAAGGAUGGGGUUAUUGGAGCCAGCAGAUAUAGCUAUCUUGGUUAUGCUGUGACUGCUGGCCAUUUCUCCCAGCCGACGGCUACAGACGUAGUUGGAGGAGCUCCACAGGAUGAAGGGUUGGGAAAGGUGUAUAUUUUUAGAAUUGAUAAAGGGUCUCUGGUUUUGUUCUUUAAAGCCACUGGAAAGAAGAUGGGCUCUUACUUCGGCUCCUCCUUGUGUGCAGUUGACUUGAACCAGGAUGGUCUGUCGGAUCUGCUAGUGGGGGCUCCCAUGUUUAGUGAUGUCAGAGAUGAAGGUCAUGUUGCAGUGUUUAUCAACAAAGGAAACGGUAACCUGGAGGAGAGAGUACUGUUGAAUGGGGACAAUGCAUACAACGCCCACUUUGGGGAGAGCAUCUCAGCUCUGGGAGACAUUGACGAUGAUGGAUUUCCAGACGUUGCCAUUGGAGCCCCUAAAGAAGAUGACUACGCUGGAGCUGUGUAUAUCUACCACGGGGAUGCAGAAGGGAUAGUGACAAAGUAUUCCAUGAGGAUUUCAGGGCGGUCAAUCAACCCAGCCUUGCAGAUGUUUGGCCAGUCGAUAUCAGGAGCUGUGGAUAUGGAUGGAAAUGCAUACCCAGAUGUCACCAUUGGAGCUUUUAUGUCAGAUCACGUGGUUCUGCUGAGAACUCGUCCUGUUAUCACAGUGGACGUGUCCAUACUACUGCCCAGUGCCAUUAAUAUCACCUUUCCGCAGUGUAAUGAUGGUGUCCAACAGGUCAACUGCUUCAACGUUUCAGUAUGCCUCAGUUUCAGAGGAAAAGAAGUGCCAGGAAGCAUAGGGCUUUAUUACAACUUCACGGCAGAUGUAAUGAAAAAGGAGAAGGGUCAGCAGUCAAGGGUGAUUUUUGUCCUGAAUGGGGAGCUAGCAAGUCAUGUGACCGAACACAUCCAACUGUCUCACAUGAACGAGAAGUGCCAACACUACCUGGCCUAUGUCAGGAAGGAAGUCAAGGACGUUUUCUCUCCCGUUGUGUUUGAAGUGGCCUAUAGUCUGGGGGAACAUGUGAUUGAGAGCAAUGGGAGCGAGCAGUUGCCUGCACUCACCCCCAUCCUACGAUGGAAAAAAGGAGGCAAGAUUGCCCAAAGAAACCAGACGGUGUUUGAAAGGAACUGCCUCUCCGAUGACUGUGCAGCUGAUCUGAGGCUACGUGGACAACUGCUGCUGUCUGGGAUGGAAAGCAAACAGUACUUGGCCCUAGGGGCUGUGAAGAACAUAUCUCUAAAUGUAACCAUUUCCAAUGCUGGAGAUGAUGCCUAUGACACCAAUGUCUUCUUCAAUUUCUCCAGAGAGCUGUACUUCAUCAAAGUGUGGCAGAAGGAAGAAAAGGGCAUUUCCUGUGAACUCUUAGAGUUGGAUUUCCUGAAGUGCAGUGUGGGGUUUCCGUUCAUGAGAUCUCAGUCCAAGUACCAUAUGGGAGUGAUUUUUGAUACCAGCCACCUAUCAGGGGAAGAAGAGAGUCUGACAUUUCUUGUCACUUCUCAAAGUGCAAACCCCGAGCAUGAUGACACUCUACCAGAUAACAACCUCCAUCUGCACAUGCCGUUGAUCCAUGAAGUGGACACCACCAUCACGGGGAUGAUUUCACCCUCCUCCUUUGAGUAUGGAGACUCAGUGGACACAUCCCGGUUUGUUCAGCUGGAGGAUAUGGAGUGCCUCUUUCAGCCUCUCAAUUACACCUUUCAGGUCAUCAACACGGGACCCAGCAGCCUGCCAGGAUCUACUGUACACAUUUUGAUUCCCAACCGGCUGUCCAGUACUGGUGUGGAGAUGUUCCUCAUUUUGGAUAUAAUGGUUGGUCAAGAUGGGGGGAAUUGCUCAUACCACAAAAACCCGACUCCAUGUACCAUUCCACAGGAAAAGGAGAACAUUUUUCACACAAUCUUUGCAUUUUUCACCAAGUCUGGUCGAGAAGUGUUGGACUGUGACAGGCCAGGCAGACCCUGCCAGAUUAUUACUUGCAAACUCUCUUCGAUGGCAAAAGAGGAAACUAGAAGUAUAGAUCUGCGGAUGUUGCUCAACACAGAGAUCCUCAAAAAGGACAGCUCUUCAGUAAUACAAUUUGUGACACGAGCCAAAGUGGCAGCAGACAGGAACUUUCGAGUAGUGGAGGUCUCCAAUGGGCUUUCAGAAGACACUACCGUGGUUUUUGAAGCCCUGCACAAUCAGGAGCCACGUGGCUAUGUGGUUGGCUGGAUAAUUGCAAUCAGUCUUCUAGUGGGAAUACUCAUUUUCCUGUUACUUGCUGUCUUGCUGUGGAAGAUGGGCUUCUUUCGCCGAAGGUACAAGGAGAUCAUCGAGGCAGAGAAGAACAGGAAAGACAGUGAUGAAAGCUGGGACUGGCUCCAGAAAAGCCAGUGAGCAAAUGGCUUAUCCACUGACUUCAAGGGACUACAGCUCUACCAGCUUUUUGGUUUGCCCCACUGAAUCUUUCAUAUGUGGAAGAAAGAAAUCUCCUCCUGAUAUUUCGGAGGACUGCUAAUUAUUUGGUUUUUUUUUUUGCUGCAAUUUUUGAUUAUGUCUGUGGCGCUCUUCCUGAGUUCGGAAGUCAUGUGAGUUUUACAGGAAGAGUUCUGUGUUUUCUGUCAUUUUUUGGUCAAAGCUGAACUUUAACCAAUAGAAAGGGAUGAACUGCAAUAAUAUGGGUGGACAUCAGAUCGUAAAAUGUGGUAAAAAAAAAAAAAAUAACCCUCAGGGUAUGGAACUCUUGUCAUCCAAAGAUAUUUUUUAUACAUAUAUGCUUUUUAUACUGAAUCUGUCUUGUAACAAAUGUUUUGUAUCUUUUGGACAUAUCUACAUAUUUCUUUCAAAGCACUGACUAUUUACAGCGAUGUUAACAAAAAAAAUAACAAUAUUUUUAGAAUAUUUUAAGCUAAAACUUGAUUAGGGAAAAUGAAGGUGCCUACAAUUGAAGUGCUCCGGACAUUUCUAGAAGUGCCUUAGAAUGUACACAUUUGAUCGAGGGGUCAGCGGUCAAAUGAAGCCCAACUGCAGAUUUGAGCCCUUAAUGUGAGUGGGUACACAGCAAGUCAAAAGAAGCCGAGAUAUCAACGGGCACUUGAGAUCCAGGCGGGUUUUUUGUUCGUAAGCAGCUGAGGCACUAGUCAGCUCGCAUUUUCACAGAUAUUGCGCAUUUUUCAUUGUCAUGAAAAAUAACUGUAAUUGAAGACGUCUCCGUUUCAUUGUGAUAUUUUCCCCAAAUACAAAAACAAAGGAACAAAAUACUAAGUUCAUAAAGAAUUACCAAGUGGGAGCGGAAUGAUGGGCCAUGUGGUCCUGAAAGAAGGAGCCAAAAGAUCUAGCAAAGCUGCCAAGCAUAAUUCUUUUUUAAUAUAAUGCUGAUCAUGUGUUUUGGAAUUCUUCAUUUUUUUAGCCAAUGGCUUUGUCAAAUAUUAAGUGACAUAAUGUGAGGUACACAUGAAGAGAAUAUGAUCUGCUAUUGUCUCAUCUAAUACCACCCACCUGUCCAUCUCAUAACACCUUGCCUUGGUGGUAAUGGCCACACACAAACACUCUUCUGUUCUUCACCUCACACUUCCUGGCUCUCCUUUUUCUUUUUCCAUUAUUAUGACCACCCUUACCCCCCUCCUGCUUGCAUUUAUAAUUCCUUAAAUUGCAUUAAAAUGUCACAUGUACUCUUGGGAAAGAGGCAUCCAACUGAAGUAGGCCCAUUGUGAUGAUGCUGUAGAAUGUAUUACUGUAUUGAGAUGCUUUUAUUGAAAGAGCUUGAGUCAUUGACCAGAGGGUGAAUCUUAGAUCAGGCUUAGAGGACAACAUUCAUUUGACAGAAUGGUCACCUCUAUGACCCUCAGCAGGACAAGAGGAUUAUAGAGGGAUAAUGGCCUUAAUCCUAUUGUUCAUUCAUUUUUCAAGCUCAAUUUCUCCUUUACAGGGUUGUAGAGUCUAUCUUGGUAGUCCUGGGGACAAGGCAAGAACCUAGAAGAAAUCAUACAGUGCCAAGAGAAAGCUACAAGGACAUGUGGAGAUUGGGUAGACUCCACACAGACAGAGAUUAGGAUGGAAGUUGAGUUUGGGUUUAGAGGGCUGUGAGGUGACUUUACUCUCCCUUCAUUUUUAGUAUGAGGUAUGCCUUACAUUCUUCAGGCUUUGGAAGUAGAUUUUAAGGUUUUGAGUCGGCAGCUACUCUUUCAAUACUUCUCACAUCUCCAACGUUUCGUGUCAGAUGGUGUAGAUGUACAGUAGAAUACCCAGUCUGAUAAUUUUAACUGUGUUUAUAUGGUUUAUCUUGAAUUUAGCUAGAGUUUGAGACAUAUUGUAUUGUGUAUCUCUUCCCCAAGGCAGAAGUGUCCUGACAACAAAAUGAUUCACUUCCUAUAUUAUAAUUCCAUGGAAAGGAAUGGGUUUUAUUUUCAAUACACAUCUGCUUUGGAGACCAGUGACUCACAUCUCUCUGGUUCACAUUUAUCAAGCUGAAGUGGGUGGGUUAUGACUUUGAGGCAGCAGCACCCUGUGAACACACGCUGUGACAGCUGGAAUCGGGCAAUGAUGACCUGCCAUGUUUAUUGCAUCGAUAAUGAGGAAGGCAGCAUGGCAGUGCAAUGGUUAGGACUACUGCCUCCUAGUUCCAGAGGCUUAGAUAUCAACCUCAGUCUGGUCACUACUUGUGUGGAAUUUGCUGUUUCAUCCCAUGUCUGCGUGGGUUUAUUUGAGGUACUCCAGUUUUCCUCCCUUAAUCCCUAAACUGUGUGACCUAUGGUCAACUUGGUCCCUGCUUGGCACCUGAUGCUAUCAGGAUAGGUACCUUAAAAAUGCAAUGAAGUGGUUAGAGGUGGUCUUUCCACUGACACAGGAAGAAAAACUUAUACUGGUGUAGAGGGUCUCUGCCUUAGACAGAUCUGCUAUUAGACCACAAUGAAUUUGAUGUGAUCAUAACCGGUUUCUUUAGCUCAGCUUUAGAUCCAAGAGACAUAAUGGCUUAGUCAUUGGCAGAACUGUCUCUUUGCUCCAUGAGCCUAGGUAUGAUUCCCGUCCUGUUCACUAUCAGUAUGGAGCUCAUUCCCUAUAAUCCAAUUUUUAUCCAAGCAUCCCAUAUGCCUGGACAAAAGUUCGACAGGCAUCUCUAAACUGGCCUUGAAGGAGUGAGCAUGUAUUUGUGUGCCCUUUGAUGGUCUGGUACCUUGCUCAGGGUUGGUUCCUUCUUUGUACACAAUGUUGCAAUAAAUACAUUUAGAGAGUGAAGGAAAAAUAAGUAGAUUUUGAGAGGCUGAUGUGAUGGGAUCUGUUCACUUAUGCCAGUUCUGCUUAGCUAUUUUAAAACUGGCAUGUCAUCAGUCUGAAAUUAUGGAAGUUUAUACUUUAGUAAAUAUGAAGUGUGGGUAACUCUGAAGUAGUAGAGUAUAAGGAGUAUGUGUCUCUGGGGCAGACCUGUCCUGAGAACAAACUGAAUUGCUGCCCAGUUCUUCAUCAGGCUGACAAGGCGGGCAGGGGACAGGUGAUGUUGCAGACAUCUGCUCAUCUGUCCAUUUUCUGCGUUCACCUGAGUUCAGGAUGCUUUUUAUGAACCAUGAGAAUCCGUUCAAUGAGCAACUUGAGCCAAUUAGUUUUAGUUGACUGAGAAGUCAGCGUUUCACAGGACCUGAACUUACAUUAGUGGUAGGAGUGAUAGUCAUAAAAAAUGACUGCAGCUACACUUGUGCUGCCCACACCACUGGCAAAUCUGAACGGCCAUGAUAAAAAAGGUGUCCCAAGUCAAAAAAGGGAACAUAGCUCAUGAACCAAUAAUCUCCUGCUCGCCAGAUCCAUGACAGCUGGCUUAAAACGAACCAGCACCCUAAGUACUGUAGCUAACCCAGUUCUGAAAACUGUGCCCUCCACUGAACCUGUGGUGGUUUUGAAGUCCUGUUUCACUGAUACAAGAACAAUGCACAUGAACUCUUUUAUUUUAAUUGCUGUCAUUAAUAUAUUUGGUGGUUUCUUACAUUUCAAGUUAUUAAAAAUCAAGACAUUCUAUUGGAUGCUUCAGUAUCCUGGAAAUACAUAAGCUGUUAAGAAAAAGAGGAUUCUGUUUGAAAUACUGUACUUGAUAGUGGUGUUUAUUUCCAUAUUCAGUGAAUUCUUUACUAGGAUGGUGGAGAUGCAUUCCAAAUUAGUAGGAAGGCACCCCCUAGGGAAUAAACCUUAUUAUGGAUACACCAUAGGAAAAAAAUAAAUCUUACUUUUGGCUCCUGUAAUAAAAAGAAAAUAAAACACUGAGAAGCCUUGGCGUGGCCUGUUGUGUGGUUAUGUCUGGGAUGGGGUGAAGCAGGAUUAGCAACACUGAUCCGUACAUGUCCUGGCUCUGUUGGCCUUCUCUGUGUUUCUCUUUUGAAUGUGUCCCUCUGCUGGCUGAGCAUCCAGAACUUAUGCUCAAGUCAAAUCCCAAUGCUGGCACACACUUUGGACCUUUAUGAGUCACACAGCAGAGCUUCUGUCCAGCAACCUCAAAAGCUCAUUAUAACACUUUUGAGAUUGAACCAGCCUUUUUAAUCAGUUUGUUUAGCCUGUUGGCAUCACCUGCACUAAUGCCAUUUCCUCAGCACACAACUGCAUAGAAAAAUACACUGGCCACAACAGAUUGGUAGAAAACAUGUGGCUUGUAUACACCAAAUGACCUCAACCUCCUCAGGAAACAGAGGUGAGGUGAUUCUGACCCUCCUCCUGUGUUGCAUUCAACUUGAAAGGUGCUAAAAAAUCUAAAACUGAUUAUGACCCUACACCCCCUCAAAGAAUUCCUCCUACCAUCAGCCUCAAUAAUUUACCCCGGGAUUAGAAAUCUUCAUUUUUAAGCUACGCACACCAGUGAGGCAGCCAACAGUCAUCGGCCAGACACACAGAAAUGGUGACACCUGGCUGAACUCGGCCUGAUUUAAAUGGCAACACAGUGAAGCAGUUGAGGUGCUCGCCAGCCUUCUGUGGCUUUGUAUGGAGUCACAGGCAGUGGGGCACAUGGUUGACUGCUUCUUGAGUUAUAGCAAGAGAGAAAAAAAAUAGUGUUUUUGUAUUGUCAUUUGAAAAAAUAUGGAUUUUACUGUUCUGUCUCCACCUUCUCCCCAUAAAUUAAAGCAGCAAUAUAAAAACACAGA